AAUGUGUGCGCUCGGGUUUUUAUAAACAAAUAGAACAUUUUAGAGAAAUGAUACAGGAAAGUGCAAAUGUUGGCGAUUUAUUUGAUUAUUUAGACGCGAAAUACUGUAGGCACUGAUAUAGAACGGGAAUGAAUGAAUCAAUUUAGAAAUGAUUGAAUUAAAAUCCAUAUUUGCAUAUCUUUUACUGAUGAUUAAUGGGGUUUUUGCGCUUCGCCGAGGUCCGCAUCAUCCGCCGGGGCAGACGCCGGUGGAACGUCCUCACCAUCAUUACAAACCAAUGGGGACAGGUUCCGUUACUGGCGACUCGCAGCUGCUGCAUGACGCUAAGCAUUUAGAGGAGGACUCAAAAGUAUUGACACCGGAGAUGUUGGCUAGUAUGACACCCGAAGAAUUGGAGUUUCAUUAUUUUUCAAUUCAUGAUUUUGACAGAAAUACGAAAUUGGACGGCUCGGAAAUGUUAAAAGCUGUCUAUCACACUUUAGACCAUGAAAGUCCGAAUCCAGAUGACGAUUCUUCAAUAGAACCGGAGGCAAACGAUUUAGACUCAUUUAUUGUGCUGGUGGACCGAACCUUACAAUUUGAUGAUACAGACGGCGACGGUUACGUCUCGUAUCCUGAAUACCGUGCGGCCAGAGCCAGGAAUCCUUCAAAGAAAGCAUCAAGAAUACUUGAUAACAGACCACAGGAUAGUAGUAAAUAGGACUAUUUUAAUUUAUCGUACCUGAAACUCGAGACCUAAAGCAGGAUUUCGCUCUGAAGUGCUCACCACCAAUCUGAAUUCCGUAGCAAAUGUCCCCUGUGCUAAUCUCGCCAAGUGACCCGUAGAAUUCAAGCAUUAUUUACGUUGAAAACAAUUUGGGGCCAAAAUUAUUUGAGGUAAAUUCAUCGUUAAAAUGAUAACUAAUAAUUUUUGGUAGCUUUUCUUGAAAUAUGUGUGUUAAUUCCUAAAUUACUAUAUUGACAAACAAAUUUGUCGUAUGUUCGAAAACGACUAUGAGAUUUAAAGGUAUGAUGCCUCUUAAUUGUCUUGUUUAUUUCCAAACUAUUUUAUUAACUUGGCCUCACUAUGCAACAGAGUCUUUCACUGUAGUUUUAACCAACGUUCGGGAAGUCCGAGUAACUUGAAAAUUUCACCCAUGUAUCAAAGACCUAUGACAGUACAAUUUUUAAUUUGGCCUAUUGUUCCAACCAUGAUUGCAAAUUGAAAGAAAUUUAAAUUUAAAUUUCACUUCGGUUUUGUUGCUCUUAAAUUAGUUUUAUAGUUUAGAGUUUAAAGUAAAUCGUAAUAGGUACGUAAAUAUUUUUUUCCUUUUAUAAUUUCAGCUGUGGUUGUGUUAUUUACUUUGUAUUAAGUGAGACAGGAACUUCAAAAAUUCUCAAUGUCAAAACUACAGCAGAUUGAUCUCUCUGACCUUGUUGCUGAUGAAAUAAUUAUCUAGCUCAGUAAAUGUUUGGUUAAACAUUAUUAAAUAAAUUUGUUAAUCAUUUUGAAUUCAACAGCCCUAUGAUUUUUUCCUGGGUUAUGCUUGACGAAAAUACUUUUGAGACCGGAACACAUGUAUAUUCGCAAGUAAUCUGUAAAUAUUUGUUUAAUAAUUACAUAAGUUUACGCUACAAUGUAUAUUUUACAGUUCAAACAGAUCUUUUUUAUUCAGAGAACGAAUAGAAAAUGUCAAAACAAAAUUGUAUAAAAUAUAAUUAAAAACGAAAACAGCAAAAGUAAAUCAACGUUCAUUGAUUUAAGGACAGAGCUAGUUUUUUCUCGAAUUAAAUAAAUUAUGUUGGGUGUUUGGUUA